AAGGGAUCUAUAGAAAGUGCACUCUAACUAGAAAUUAUCUGAGAGAGCAAAGGGAUGGGGCAGCAUAGAGUUUCGCUGAUUCAGAAAGUAGGCAGGAGUUGCAAAACAUUUUUGUGACCUUUCCUUUAUUGAGUUGUUGCACAGAAAGUAAUCAGGUGAAACCCAUAAACCCAAUAUUUUUUUUUAUGGGCCAUCCACAUUUUUGUGAACCAACACUGGUUUUAAAAGUCCAUUGUUUCUCAGAGAGAGGGGCAUCAUGGAACAUUUUAUAUAAGCAAAGAGACACGGCACUACAGAGCAUCAUAUAAUGGGGCCCAAUGACCCAGAGCGCAGUGUAGGGAAGCAGGGCAUGACAGGGUUAAGGAGAGCAGCCCGCCCCCCUCCCUCUGUAUGGGUUCCUGGUGGCUGGCCACUGAACGCACUGUUUUUUCCCAGGCUUAGCAAGAGGAGGGAAGCUCAGGACAGCCUGUCUUCCAGUCAGUUCUAGGCAGCAAUAGGAUCAGCAGCUCGCAGCGUGGGGCCAUGGCUGCGAGCUUGGAGGCAGCAAGGUAGCAGGGACCUAUAUGGAUCCAGGACCAGCUCAAGGACCUCUUUCCAGGCGAGGAGACUGGGAGGCAGCUCAGACCCACGAGGAGGACCCGCCCACCGGAUCGCCUAAGCCCAAGGACUGAGAGGGAACCAGCUGGCAGGACCAGACGGUGCAGCAGGACGCCACAGGAGAGGAGCGGGCCGCACCGGGAGAAGCACGGGGAAGCAGCCUGGGGAGCCAGGUGGUGCAACACUAAGAAAGAGCAGGCGAGUACUCUGUGCACAAGGGGGUGGGGCCAACCGGCAGGAGAGAGGGGGCAGGGGCCCAGACACGGGAGCUGCAGUGGGAUCCCCCAGCCUGGCAGAGGCACGGAGGACCGGGCGGGAAGGGGGGGGGGAGGUAGGAGCACACAGCAGGCUGGAGUAGGAGGAACUACCACGGCCCCAGUAGGAGUGGGGUCAGGAGCCACUACAGGAUACAGGGAGGCAGCGAUCCAGGAAGGGGGGGGGAAACAGGCCAUGGGGGAAACACGGCAGCCUCAUCUAGCAGAACCACAGACAGAGGCACAAGGCCUGCCAGCUGCCAGGACACUGGGAGGCAAGAGAGGGUUGCAGCGGCCGCAUGCAGGGCCAUAGUACCGGCUAGUGGCCAGAGGGAGGAAAAGGAGGGAACCACGGCCCAGGGUGGCCCCUGAGGGCACUUCCGGGACCCCCGGUUUGGGUUCAGCCAACAGCCAGGCAAUGGGCAGGGAGCGCAGGGGAAGCAGGCAGAGGGACAGUGAGUCCAGGCCCAGAGAGUCCAGGAGGGGCUCCCGGAGGAGCCAAUCAGGCAGCAGGCACCCCUGGAGGGGUAGAAGAUGGGGGUCAAGGGGCAGGAGUCGAGUCAGUCUGGCACCCGGGAGAGCUGGAGGAGCGGCACUGCUUCGGGAACAGCCAGGCAUAGGGGAGACAGGGGAAGAGCCAGUGGAAGUCCCACCAGGAGGAGGGAUACGUCCUGGAGAAGGGAGCACUCCUGUUCUUGUAUGUCACGCAGGUGCAGUUCGGGCGGCUCAGGCCCGGGGCCGGUCGGGAGCCAGGUACACUACGUCAGAGGGACGGCGGACCACCAGGAGCUGUUCGACAAGCAGGGAAAGGAGGGAGCAGCAAUGCACGGCCAGAGAUGGGUCGGGACGGGAGACACAUCGGAGCGCCUCGCCAGUGUAAUUACGGCCCCAGGGGCUUCUACAGCCGGGGGACCAGGAGGUGGCAGGAUCACGGUGUGGCUGAUCGGUCAUUCAUCUAUCGGGCCAGAAGGAGAGCCGCAGUUAAAAAACCUGGAUUGCAGCUGGGCUUUCCCGAAGGCAAGGUGGGAGUGCAUUGGUUUGGUGUUUGGGGCAUGCGGUGGCCAGGGGUCUGGUCCACCCUGCUUCAAAAGGCAAAGGCCGGGAGGCGCCUGGACAUAUUGGUAAUACGUGAUAUAGGGUUAGUUCCUCAGAGAGAGUUGGUAACAGCAAUGAAAAAUGAUUUGGAUAAGAUAAGGCGUAUGUUUCUGGACAUAGUGAUCGUAUGGUCAGAGAUGGUGUCGUUGUUAGUAUGGAGGCAUACCAGGGAUGGGCAGAAAAUGGAGAGAAACAGGGGCAAGGUGAACAAAUUGCUAGCUGCUUUCGUGAGAAAGUUUGACGGGGUGGUAGUGAGGCAUAAGGUCCUGGAGGGGAAAUUACCCGGUUACUAUUGGAAGGACGGGGUCCAUUUGUUGGAGGUAGGGACUGACUUGUUUAACUUGGCACUGGGUGAGGGAAUCGAGAGGGCCCUAGGGCGGCUGGUUGGCGAGUCGUGGCGUGCUUGAGGAGUCAAGCAGCCAUGCCUGUGGCGGAGGGUACAUUACUCCGUGCCCCCAGGGGGAAGUUUAAGGGGGGUACUUGCCAAGAAGAGUGUAGCCCGGUUGGCCUGCAGCCCUGAUCGGAAAGCAAUUAGCCUCGGUUUAGGUCGGGGGAAAAGGAGGCAGGAACCAGGCGUUACAUUUGGGCGCAGGGCCAGUCCCUGGGAGGCGAGUAAGGAUUGUCGGUUUGAAAAGGUUACUGUAAAUGUUUGUUAUACAAACGGUUUUGUACAAUAAUGUUACAAAUGUUAACUGAUGUUAAGUUUUAUUGUUAAUAAAUAAAUAACUGCGGCCUUCUCU